AUGCGGCACUCCCUGGCAUCCAUCAGCCCCGGCUUCAUAGCGGCGGCGGCGGCGGCAGCAACUCCUCUCAGAGGGAUGGAGAGAGCAGAGGAGAGGGGGCGGCAGCGCGGACCCGGGCCCAGGACUCACUCCGGAGCAGCCGCGGACACAUCGCCCGCCAGCCCGUCCGCAGCCCGCUGCCUCGUCCCGGAUGGGCACGGCAGAGCUAGGACCACCGCUGUCCCAGGUCCUCGCCCGGCCCUGCCAUUUUUUCGCCUUCGGGAGAGGAGGGGGUGGGGAGUGGGGAAAGGGAUCCGAACGCCUGGGCGGAGAAGGCCACGCGGGCGGCGGCCGCCUUUGUGCGCCCGCUGUCGACGGGGCGGUGGACGCGGCGGGGCGGCUGCUGCGCGGCGCCGGCCUCUCCCCGUGCGCUCCCGAGCGGUCCGGGUCAGGCGCGCCGCUCCAGGGCUGCUGCUGCGGCGGCGCGGGCUGCUGCUGCUAAAAGAGGACUCGGCUCAGCCCAACUCCUCUCUAAUUAUCCCAGCACCAAUCUCGCGGCGACGUAAGCACCCGCUCCGCUGGCGCACGCUCCCGUUUCUCUCCCAGCCUCACUGGAGUAGGACGGCAAUGUUGGUGGCAGUCAAAUAUCCCGAGCCCCAAGUUUGGCUCUCUCCUUGUUCCCCACUGCGCUGCCGGCCGCUGGGACCGCCAAGGCUGGGCCAGGCGGGGCAGCGACGCCCCGCAAGCCUCCGCACGCCCCCCUCUCACCCUUUGUGUGCAAGACCCCAGAGUGGCCGGGCGCGCAGCUGUUGUCGACGGUAA